UUACAAAAUGGCGACUAAAGUUAUUGGCAGGUGCUUGUCAAAAGUGCUUUGAUGGAUAUCUUGGUGUAGAAGACAUCAGCUUAAGGGGAUGGUGAUAAAACAAUAUGGAUAAAAACAAACCCCCAUCCAUUGAAGAAGUCCGACAAAGGCGACUGGCAUACUUCCAAAACACUUCCCACGAAGCUGACCCUGCGGCUGGUCAGGAUUCAGACAAACAACAGAAACAUGGACCAGGCGAUAAAAUUCGCAAUAAAACAGGAUCAGAGAGUUUCAAUAACUUGGGAGAACAUGAUUCUCUCAAUAAGCAGGCUUCUGUGCCAAAUACAAGAUCUACGAAGGGUGUCAGGACCCUUAGAACAGGACCAGAGAAUUCCAAUUUGUUGGGACAACAUGAUUCUCUCACUAAGCAGGCUCCUAUGCCAAAUACAAGAUCUACGAAAGGUUUGAAGACCAGAGUUAGGCAGGAUGGUGGAAAUGGGCAGCCUGGUAAAAAGUACUCUGGUACAAGGACAACUCAAGCAGCUUCUACUGCUGCUGCUGCUGCAGAUGAUGACAUGUUGUCAAAGGACUGGAAUUCGCAUGUGGAACAUUUAUUUAGAAAAGGGCAUCAGACUGGCCAGGAAACAAAGACAUUGUCUAGAGACAAUUCUCAGGAACUGUUGCGAGAAUCUCAAGAUCUUGAUGCCAUGUCAAUGUUUAAGAGUGAGGUUGAUUGCCAGGACCUAGGUCUUUCUACACAUAGGCCUGACUCUGACCGGCCCAGCUUGGACAGGAAUCAGAAUAACAAUGCAGAUUUGAUGGAAAAUAGUCUUUCACAGGAAAUGAAAAAUUUGUUAGGGGCGAGCAAGUAUCAAGAAUUUGUUGAAAAAUCUGUAAAAGAUAUUAAUGAACUUUAUCAGAACAAGACCACGGAGACUUCACCGCAUCUGAUCAGAUCUUUGAUAGAAGAACAAACAGAUGUAGAGCACGAGAAGGAAGAGGCCAGCCAUGGUCGACCUGAGACAGGUGGACAUAUGAAUAACCAUGUUCAGUCUCGCUCACCAAGGCAUAGGCUUAAUAGACCUAGAAAAGAGCCAGUUCACAUUCAGAACCUUGUUGCCAAAACAAAACAAGACUUGGAACUUGAAGGAUCAGAAUCCUUACCUUCCAGUGCGAAAAACUAUGAACAAAUAACUGUUGCUCCAAAAGUGACAUUUUCAGCAGAUGAAAUUUACCGCCAAGCUUAUGGUUCAUCUGGUAGUCAAUUACAGCGAGGAAUGCCAAUCCAAGCUAUGUCAUACAACCAGACUAUGCCCUUUCAUCCAGCCAUGAUGAUGAACAUGCCAUCAGGGAGUUUCCAGGCACCCUCAGUCGGGUUUCAGUCACCUCAGGGGGCUUUCCAGCCACCCCAUGGAGGUUUUCAGUCACCCCAUGGACAUUUUCCUCCUGAUUUUACACAGCCUCCCCCAGGAAUGCAUGGACAGCCUAACCCAGGAAUGCAUGGGCAGCCUACCCCAGGAAUGCAUGGGCAGCCUCCCCCAGGAAUGCAUGGACAGCCCACCCAAGGAAUGCAUGGGCAGCCUACCCCAGGAAUGCAUGGGCAGCCUACCCCAGGAAUGCACGGGCAGCCUACCCAAGGAAUGCAUGGGCAGCCUCCAGGACCCUACAUGUAUGGUGGUCAGCCUGACAUGUUUACCCCCCGAACUCCGACAACCCCCACCCCGGCCUCCCCCCACCCUAUGUUCUAUCAGCCCUACAUGACUGAUCCUGGCUUCCAUGGAGGUUACCAAGGCUAUACUAACAUGUAUCAAUCGCAACCAUUCUCCCCUCCAGCAUACAAUACCCAGUAUGCCAACUAUGUCCCUCCCGUCCAUGUCCCCCACCCCCCUCCCCAACCCCCAUCAGGCAAUGCUCAGCAGCCCCCGGGAGUGUACUACCCACCACAGGUCGUCCCCACAGUGCCACACCCACCCCACCCUCCUAAUUCACCUCCUGCUGAGGUGCUGUUGCAGACCCAGAAUACCGCAAAAGAUAAGUCGUCUAAGAAUGUUGAGAGGGCUAAAGCUCGAGACAGGGACAAGCUACAACGCAAGAAGGUGGAAGAUGAAAGAGAAGAGGGGACCCCUGCUCCAGAUAGACACAUAGAAGCCAUCAGGAUACACCAUGAACAAAGACGCCAGAUGCAAGAAGACAAAAUGAAUGAAGUUUUUCACAUGGAGAAACAGAAGAAGUUUGCUCAGGCAUCUUUAGACAGGUACUUCUCUUCCUUGGAAAACAUAUACAGGCCACCCACCUCCCCUCAAGGCAGUCUCCCACAGACUGAAGAGGAGGCUGAGGAAACCCCAGAUGAAGAACCUGAAGAUGGAGAAGCAGUUGAUGAUGCUGGGGAUGAAGAUGCAGUUGAUGAAGACGCCUUCACUAGCGUCACUGCCACCAGUGUCAAGGCUGGUGGAAUCACGGACAGACUUGAAAGACUUGGGAUAGAUGUUGCUCACAUCAAGUCCAAGGAUGCUGUUAACGAAGGUGACGAGGAUGACAAGCAGAAGAAGCGCAAGAAGGUGAAGGUCUGUCCUGCAUGUGCGUCCUGGAACAAGGAAUACAUGUCUUGGUGUGCUGACUGUGGGGAAAUAUUGAUCGGGGUGGAGUCCAUUGUAGCAAAGAGGAAGGAGAGAAGAAAGGAUAACGCAGACAGGAAGGACAGAACAGAACAUGUGGAGGUUAAAUCUGAAAACCCCACUGAGCAAGCAGGUCCUACAGUGUCUACACGAAAAAGCAUUUCCAUUUCGCCCGAGAUCCUGUCCUAUCGACACGACACAGAUAUGAAGGUGAGUGUGACGAAGCCAGCCCAGGUGGAUAGUCACAUGAAACAGCUGGAGCGAGUCAAGCGAGAGAUGGCAAUACCAACCACAGGCUCAGGUGCUACUGGUAAUUAUAUCCGAUCUCCUAAAGAAAUUAAUGAUCUUUGUGAAGUUAUCAGUGAUCCAGUAAUCAGAGGCUUCAUCAAAAACUAUUUCAGUAGAAAAGCCAAAGCCGAUGAUGACGUUGAAGCCGAAACAAGUGAUGGGAAGGAACAGGAGGUUGAUGUAGUAACACCCAAGGCUGAUGUUGAACCUGAUCUCUCAGAUGGCGAGGUUAUUCUUAACCUCCAAUCAUCCGAAAGCUUUGACUCUCCACCACCCAAGCAUCAAAAGAGCAGAAGCAACAAAUACAAGAACCACGGCGAUAUAGAUGUCGAGAUUUUUGACAUCCAAGACAGCCGGGAGUCUCGAACAGCCAGCCGCAAUGCCCCGGUGGUUCCAUGUCUCGACCUCCAUGACAGUAGUGAUGACGAGGAGGUCAUUAAAGCAAGGAGGCUGGCAAUGAAAACUAUGCCAAUCAGCUUCUCCAUUGAUACAGAUGACUGGUCUUCUGUGAACGAAUCACAGCAACUCAAUCCUGCUGAAGAAAGCCCAGAUCUCCCUCUUGAAGCACUUCCAGAAACGGAUGGUCUGGGGACCCCAGGGGGAGAUAACUCGGACGAAGGAAAUCCUUCACAGGACCCCUGUUUCCUUGCCCAUAUCCUUGCCAUGAGAAACAAUUCCAGCAGGUCAGAACGCCAGCGUCCUCAAAGUGCAGAUCUUCUUGACAGGAAGAGAAUGACUCAGAGUAUUGUGCGAGAGUCUAUUGAAGCCAAGCCCUACCAGCGGCACUGGGAAAAGUCGAGUAUUGCAUGGUCAUCGUUUCACCCCCGGGAGCUGAGCACGAGGUCCUCAAUGAAGAACUUCAUGAUGCAGGACCCCCGAGUGAAGUGUUCCACCAGCACGGAGAACAUGGCGACAGCAGAGACACGGAGGCCUGAUGGAAGGGGUGCGGCGCAGACGCACAAAAAGUCAAGACCAGCAAGUGCAGACCUGUAUCGGAGGAAAGUGCAAUCCAGUAUGCGGCCCGCAAGUGCCCAGGUGAGAGGGAACCACCAGCCCCGGGUGAGGGACACUGAUCCCCCUAACCUCAGCCCCUCACAGACCAGCGUCAUUGCCCACAGACUGCCCCAGGAGGACCAUCAGCCACCCAUGGCCAGGACACUGCAGGGCCCCUCCGCUGCCAUCACUGCCUACAACAUGUACAUGGAGAUGACACCACGUAUAGAGGAGGGGGAGUUCUCCAAGUGGCAGUGUCUGCCGGAUGAGAUCUGGCUCUACAUCUUCUCCUUCCUACCACAUAGUGACCUUGCCCGGAUGGCGCGAGCCUGCAAACAGUUCUGUCGCAUCUCUGUGGAUGACAGCCUCUGGAAGCACAUCACUGUGAAGAAGAACCAUGCUAUUUGUGAUCAGUGGCUGUCCCAGAUCGCCAUGAGGCACCCAGUCUCACUGGCACUCAUCCAGUGUCACGGCGACAACGUCACAGGUAGAGGCCUACGAGAGCUCUUCAGGGAAUGUACAGACAAUCUGAAGGAGCUGAACUUCAGUCGGUGCAGUCGUGGAGGUCUGACCGGUGACAGCAUCUUGCUACACGCCUCGGCGCGGUGUCGUCACCUGACACACGUCGACGCUAGCUGGUGUCAUGUCACCGAUAAUGGCCUCACAGCUCUGUCGGAGAGUGCACACAGGCUGGAGUCGCUGUGUCUGAAUGGCUGCCAGAUGCUGUCUGAUGAGGGUGUGGAGACAGUCAUCAAGAAGCACGGAUCCAGUCUUCGAGUGCUGGAGCUGUUCGGCUGCUUCAACCUGACUCCACGCUGCAUCCGCUGCAUCGCCACCCACUGCACCAACCUCCUCACCAUCAACCUCGGACAAUGCUUCCGGCUGACCGAUUCCUCCAUCACACACCUGUCUGCCAGCCUGGGACGAGUGGAGAACCUUGACCUUCGGGGGUGUAAGCAGAUACGGGAUAACUGUAUAAGGAAGAUAGUGCGGAACUGUCCUCGCCUGAAGACAAUCAUCAUUGCCAACUGCCCCCAUGUGUCAGAUGCAGCUCUUGUCGAGAUAGCCACAUACUCAAUGGAUGUGCGGAGUCUGGACAUCUGUGGAUGUCGCAAUGUGACGGAUCACAGCAUCCGGACCCUGUCAAACAACUGCCAGCGACUCACCCAGCUGGACAUCAGCUCAUCUGGGUGUUCUCACCGCAGUGUGACGCUUCUGGCCAGCUACUGCAACCGCAACCUGGAGACGUUGAAGCUCAACUUCCUUGCUGACAUCACCGAGGUCUGCCUACAGAAACUGGUAAAGAACUGCAAGAAAUUGAAGACACUUCACCUGUAUGGCUGCACCAGUGUCCGGAGUAUCGACAAACUCAAGCAGCUUUGUCCCUUCCUCCAUGUGGAGAUGUGAUCACUCGGACAAUCAGUGCAACAUGGGAUGUUUACUGCUGAACAUAGGAUGUUUAUUAUUGGAAUCUGAUGUUAAUUUCAGAUGUUAACUGAUGAACAUAGUAUGUUUAUUAUUGGAAUCUGAUGUUAAUUUCAGAUGGUAACUGAAGAACAACUGAUGUUUAUUAUUGGAAUCUGAUGUUAAUUUCAGCUGGUGUUAAAUGAUGAAUUAUUGAUGUUAACUUAUGAACAGCUGAUGUUGACAGCUGAUGUUAACUGAUGAACACAUUAUGUUAACUGAUGACGACCAGUGAAGUAAUGAAGACCUGGAACAUGUGUUAAAUGACUGUGUGCCUUUGGACUGUUAGAUGACCUGGUCAUCAAAAGCAUGCUGGGGUAAAUGAGAGUGAUAGACCUCAGAAAACGGAAUGGGAUUUACAGUAUUUAUUCCUUGAAGGAAGAUCAUCUCAAGAAAUUUAUAUGCAACAUACUAACAAAAUGCUUCUGUCCAGCGUAGGACAUUUAUCAAAUUUUGUUAGUAUUGAAUUACUUUGACAUUAUCAGGAUACAAAGUUAUCCUUGGCUGUGAAAUAUUGAACUUUUUCUUCUUAAUGUGUUUUGCAGUGUAUGUUUUAUAGGUGAUAUUUACGAAUAUAUCAAAUACUCACUGUAAAUACAUAGGUGACAAAACAAAACAAUCAUGUAUAUGAAUAUGGAAGUAUGUGCUUAUUAAGAUCAGGAAUAUAAACCUUCUAUAACUUACCACUGAAACAUGGACGUAUCGAAUAUAGGCAUGAUAGGAGACUUCCCUUUGACGCUGAACUUAUUUCUGUGAAAUUUGAUCAAAACUGCCACAUUUAGCAAAUUAGGUAUGUUUUUCUUUUAACAUCUGCCUUAAUCGGAAUGUCAUAUUAUGAAGUGGCAAUAUUAGGCUUAAAAAAUAAAAGAAUUGGUUCUCAAGCAAUGACUUUUGAAAAUAUAGUGUGGGCGGGCGGUGUUUUUGUGUCUGUUUUUUUAGCUUGUUCAAACUAGUAGGUAACCAAAUAAGGCAAAGGGCCUCCAUACAUUAACAAGCAUACAAACUCCUAUUGCUGCCAUGACCAUAACACAUGAUGCGCAGUAAAGCAGUGCGCAUGUACGGGGAAGUAACGGCACACUGUUUUUGAUCACAUUGUUAUUAAGUAUUAGGAUUUUUUAUUUGUUUUUGAAAAUAGAAAUAAAAACGAAACGUGCGUCAGACUUUAUGAUGAUGCGGGUGAUGCCUGAGAACCAAGAGUAUUAUUGUUACUGCCUUAUGGCAAUAUCUUUAUUAAGUGACAGGUGAUGGGGCAAUCUAGUGUUUAAAGUGUUGCUCAUCAUGUCAAAGGUUCAGGUUUGAUUCCACACAUCUGUACAAUGUGGGAGUCCAGUUCUGCCGUAAUGUUGCUGGAAUAUUGCUGAAUGUGGUGUAAAACUCUACUUACUUGCUGUUGUCAUUCAGUGAAUGACAUUUCAAGACAUCCCAGUCUAAAACAUCCCAUCUUCCCGAGGCACUAUAAAAGUCCAGUUUCCACCCUUGCCGAACAAGGCUGGAAUUCCGGAGUUACAGUUUGGCCUGACUAACGAGUCUAUGCAUAGUCCUAUAAAAAUCGUGUAACGAACUAGACAUCCAG